UAGAGGUUUUGAUUCAUUUCUAUUGCUUUGUCUUACAAAGGCGGUGCAUCGCUCUGCGGUUCCGUUUUAUAAAAAAGGAGAAGGCCGUUUCUUGUUUUGUUUGUUCCAUUAGGAGGGAAAGGAAAUGAUGCAGCGACGGAGGCGGAGGGCGGCGGCGGUUGUACUACCACAGAAAAUAUUAAUGUGUGCCACAUGCACCAUAUCAUUUGUCGGACUGCUUUCUGGAUACGUACAUAUGUUCCCUUCUUCCCGUGUUUCUGAUUUAUCUGAUACUUAUAAGCUCCCUACCAUCACUUAAGUCUCCUCUCUCUCCCCCUCUCCCUCCCCCCCUAAAUAUCGUGUUCUUCAAUUGCCUGCUUGAUUUGUUUACCUCUUUUCCAUUUUUGGAAAUGUGACAUUAUUUGUUUUCAGUUAAGGUAUAAAAUGUAGAAUUUGAUUUUCGUUUCUCUGUUUUUUGAGUUUUUGUAGCAACGUGAAUUUAAGUACCAGAAGUUAAGCGAAGAGAAAAGGUGGAUGAAGGAGGAGGCUCCGCCUCAUUUAUCGAAACUGCAAUCUCCGCCGCAUCUUUCCAAUACUCCUAUGUCAUUUCACAAGUUUGAUGGUGCCAGUGGAAAUCUGAAUUUUGAGAAGUUGUGGAAGCCGCCUGAAGAUCGUGAUUUUGUGCCCUGCAUACAGCCCAGUCCCAACCAUACAGCUCCUAAUCAGUCAAGAGGUUAUCUUCUAGUUCGUACAAAUGGCGGGCUCAACCAAAUGUGGACUGGGAUAUGUGACAUGGUAGCUAUAGCCCGUAUAAUAAAUGGCACACUUGUAGUUUCAGAACUUGAUAAAGGAUCAUUUUGGCAAGAUACUAGCAAUUUCUCUGAUGUUUUUGACGAGGACCAUUUCAUUAAUGCUUUGGCAAAUGAUGUUAAAUUCGUAAAGAAACUUCGCAAGGAAUUGUCUUCUGCUACCAAAGUUGUUAAGCAUUUUAAAAGUGGGUCUGCCUUAUCGUACUACCGGAAUAUGAUAGGCAGCCUGUGGAAAGAAUAUCAGGCUAUUCGAGCUGCUAAGUCUGAUUCUCGCCUAGCAAAUAACAAUCUGCCUCCAGAUAUACAAAAGCUCCGUUGUCGGGCUUGCUAUGAAGCACUUCAUUUUGCACCCAAAAUUGAAGCAAUGAUAAAAUUGCUGGUGGACCGAAUGAGGUCUUAUGGUCAUUUAAUCGCAUUGCAUUUACGAUAUGAGAAUGACAUGCUUGCCUUUAGUGGAUGCAGACAUGGUUUAUCUAAUGCUGAAGCUAAAGAGCUGAAGACAAUCAGGAAAAACUGGCUUCUGUUGAGGAGCUUGAACCAUUCACCAACCAUUCAUCUCAAAUGGAGGCUCUUGAUUACAUUGUAUCUGUUGAAAGUGACGUCUUCAUUCCAUCAUACUCCGGGAACAUGGCGAAAGCAGUUGAAGGGCAUCGUCGUUUUCUGGGACUUAGGAAAACUGUUUCUCCCGACAGGAAAGGGCUUGUUCGUACACUCGAAAAAUUUGGGAGAGGUGUAUUGAAGGAAGGCACAAAGGCAAGGAUCACCUCGGAGGAGAAAAGGCCCUGUCCCAGGAACGAAGGGCAUGGAUAGGUUUCAUUCCGAAGAAUCAUUUUACGGGAAUCCAUUACCGGAAUGUUUGUGCCAGAAGGUAUCACAGAAUGUAAAUACAUCAGAAUCAGAUAGAUGGAUGCAAAUAGCACGAUUGCUUUCAUUGAAGGUCCCCUAAAUUGUUUAAUGGCACCAUAUUGCCACUGCAAAAAAGGCAGAGUUUGUAUAUCUUGAUCACCAAGAAAUUUGCUCCGUUUCAAUGGAUAAGAUGGCGGAGGACAAUCGACAACGGGGCUGUUCCGAGACGAGAUGUAGGCUUGUUCACAGGCUGGGACAUACCGGACAAGUAAAGCAUAGAAACCAAAGUCGGGAAAUUCAUAUGCUCUUGGUAAGUUGCCUUAGGUUAUAUGAU